CGGAUGCAGCAGUGAGCCGGACAUAAUAGAAACGUCCUAUUUCUUUCUUUAUUUCUUUUUACGGGGGUGGGGGAGAUGUUUCGUCACGUGCACGCCGUAGACGCGGAGGCACGAGAGCCGCUUCUCACAGGAGAAACAAUUUUUGACAAGAGCGCGUCAUGCACCCAACGUGAUGAUGGUGGGAGCGCAGAGCGACGGUUAACAUUUGAGGAGGCGGUGGAGGAAACAGGGUUCGGCUUGUUCCACUGGCUGCUGCUGCUGGUGUGUGGUUGGGCCAACGCCAGCGACGCCGUGGAGAUUCUCUGCGUGUCUUUUCUCCUGCCGACGGCGCGCUGCGAUCUGCUGCUGAGCUCGUCAGACAUGGGCCUGCUCACUGCCAGCAUAUUCCUGGGAAUGAUGGUGGGGGGCUACACGUGGGGAUACCUGGCGGACCGGAGGGGGCGCCGCAGGGUCCUGGUUGUCUCCCUGACCGUCAACGGGGUGUUUGGAGGGCUGGCUGCCGUGGCUCCGUGGUUCUGGCUCUUCCUUCUGCUGCGGUUCAUCAGCGGCAUCGGGGUCGGCGGGUCGAUUCCUGUUAUCUUCUCGUACUUCUCAGAGUUUAUGCCCCGGCUGAGGAGAGGGGCAAUGAUCAGCGCUCUGGCCACCUUCUGGAUGGCAGGAAACAUCCUGGCUGCAGGUCUGGCCUGGCUGGUGAUUCCAAGAACCUGGGCACAUUUCUCACUGGGAACACUGGACUUCCAGAGCUGGAGGCUGUUUGUGGUGCUCUGCUCUGUUCCCAGCCUCAGCUCGGCCAUCCUCUUCCGAGUGCUGAUGCCCGAGAGCCCCAAGUUCCUCAUGGAGGCGGGACGAGAGAAAGAGGCGAUCCGCGUCUUCCAGGCGAUGUUUAAGAUGAACAUGUGGGGGAAAGGAAAGAAUUUACCGGAAUUUGGUUUAUGCACCAACUCCAAGCAAAGGGGGGAACCGGAGGAGACCAGAACUCACGGCUCACGCAGAGAGAGGCUGGCAUGUGUUUUGAAAAAGGUCUUUGGGCCUAUUAAACAGAUGUUUAAUGGUUCGCUCAAAUCCAGGAGCAUCGCUCUGCUCAUCGUCUUCUACUGCAUCUCCUUCGGUUACUACGGACUGUGGAUGUGGUUCCCGGAGCUGUUUGAGAGAAUGGAGAACGGCGGCUCGCCCUGCGCCAACAUGUCGGUCCCGCCGCUCCUCCAAAACCACAGCUGCUACCCGGUGAAGACUGCAGUGUAUGCGGAGGGCUUCAUCAUUGCUGCAUCAAACUUACCUGGAAACAUCUUCUCCAUUCUUAUGAUAGACCGACUGGGAGGAAAGGCUCUACUGUCCGGCAGCCUGCUGGCGUCCAGUCUGAGCAUCUUCCUCAUCUACGUGGUCCAGACCAAAGUCCAGAGUUUGAUCCUGUCCUGCGUCUUCAGCGGCGUGUCCGUCAUCACCUGGAACGCCCUGGACGUGCUGGGAACAGAGCUCUACCCGACACAGCUACGGUCCUCCGCUCUCGGCUUCUUCACCGGCGUCGGCCGAGUGGCGGCCAUCAUGGGUAACGUCGCCUUCGGCCGGCUGAUGGACACAAACUGUGCCGUGCCGGUCCUGCUGGUGUCGGCUCUGCUGCUGACCGGAGGUCUGGUGGCGCUGGUGCUUCCACAAACCCGGCAAACGGAGCUCACCUGAUCUCUGCUCAGCCCGCACGACACCCAAAAGACCUUCUCUUAACAUCCCGAUGUGGAUGUUCAAACCACGAGCCUUCUGUCACCUCUCUGUGCCUUAUUGUUUGUUAUUUUAAUUCCAAAAAUGCCAACGGUGAGAAACAUUGUCAAAAGAAAGUAGGGAGAGUCUCCAACGUUUCUAGGAAUUAUUAUUCACUAGUAUUAUUAUACUUUUAAGAGAUGAGAAUAGAGGAUUAUUUCAGAAGGUCUCGAGGCCUCUGACUUCUACGAGUCGUGUGACAGAUAAUCAAAGACUCAUUUCGUAGUGAUUUUAAUUUACAUUUUUUAAUUUAUUAUCCAUGUUGAAACGUUAAUAUAUCACCCAAUGGCAAAAUGGGACCACGGUGUGGAAAACCAAAGAUGACAAUCAGGGAACAAAUCACAUCAGAGUGGGAAGAAGAUCUGUCUUUGGAACUUGAUCUUAUUUUUUGCUCCUGUGUUUCACACAUAUAGUUUGUGUUUUAAUAUGCAUUAAUAUACAGUCGCUAAACGGGCUGCAAUGUGAUGCUCAUCACCAUCCAUAAAAGUACUUUCCAACGGUCAGGCUCCCAUCGUUUCUUACAGCGGUUGAAAAGUCAGUACAGUAGUCCUUGUACUUUGUACACAUUUUAUGGAGAAUGAUUUGAGUAAAUCACAUGAGACACUG